AGGUUGGGGGUGGGGCCGCUCUAUCCUUCCGGGGUCAGCUCUACGGUGCGAUGGCUGCCGGAAGUUGCCGGGGGAGGCGGGACUGUGAGCAAGAUGGCGGCGUGGGAAGGCGUCAGAAGCUUGUGGCGGCGGUGCUGCCAGGCUUUCCUGAUUCACUACACACCUCCAAACUUCUGCAGCAAAUGAGAGAGGGAUUAGGGACUUUUCCUGUAAAUUACUCAAGCGGAGAUAUGCCAAAGCAAUAUUGUUUUCUUCUAAACAAGGACUUGUUGUGGGUUCAGUUCUCAGGAUUCCACACAGAUUUACACCAUCAUAAGGACAAUUCUUUGGUAUCCAUUUCAGAUGAACCGGACACAUUAUACAGGAAAUUAUCAGUUUUAGUUAAAGGCCAUGAUAAAACUGUGUUGGACAGUUAUGAAUAUUUUGCCGUGCUUGCUGCUAAAGAACUUGGCAUCUCCAUUGAAAAAGUAGAUGAACCUCCCAGGAAGAUAGAGCGAUUCACCCUUCUGAAGUCAAUACACAUUUUCAAGAAGCACAGAGUUCAGUAUGAGAUGAGGACGCAUUAUAGAUGCUUGGAGUUAAAACAUUUAACUGGCAGUACAGCUGAUGUCUAUUUGGAAUACAUCCAAAGAAAUUUACCUGAAGGGGUUGCCAUGGAAAUAAAAAAGACCAAAUUAGAGAAACUGCCUGAACAUAUUCAGAAGCCCAUUUGGGACAAGCUACCUUCAGUAGAAGAAACAGCAAGCACGUCAUGAGCCCUUCAUGUACUAAAGCUUUUUCACAUCUGUUAGCAACGGAAGCUCAGCUUCUGCCUGUUAACUUUUUAAAUACAGCAUCUUCUCACAGGUGUUACCCUCUAUCCAACCUCAAACCCUGUCUUAAUUUUACAAACAAUACUUAAAUUAUGAUGAGACAGGUCAUUUGCUACCCUAAUUAUCAGUGAGUUAGGAUCCCAGGUCCAGGCCAUUAGCGGAAAGACUGGACGACUGCUGUGAAAAUGUUUUGUCUGUUUUUCUUUUUUUUCUUUUUUCUAAGUCUUAUGUGGCCAAAACUUAAUAAAUGUACAUGAACAAGUCAUGGAUAUAUGGUAAUGGUUUAUUUGUGCAUAAACACCACAGGAUUUGUGAA